GCCCACUUCUACUUCAGACGUGGCAAUUCCUGACGUCAUUCAAACGCGGCCAUUUUCGACAGGGCUAAUCGAGUUUGACUACCGUUGUGGAGUUGAUUGGAUGCAAUUACAAAUUUACACGGACGAAUUGCCUAAGAAGACUAAAGUGUCAGGCAAGAUUAAGGAAAGAUGAUGGAAGAGAGCGGAAUAGAGACCACACCGCCCAGCACUCCUCCACCUCCCUUUAGCACCGCUGUUGCCAUCAGUCCACCACCUCUCACCAUGGGUCUUUCUAAUCCAGUGAGCCUUCCUGGCACCACAGGCAUCUCUAGCUUUGCCCCUGAGGGCUUCUCCACACCAGCACCCCCUACAGCCAUGACCUCCACCCUGCCACCCAAUCAGUCUUCCCCUGCUCCUCCAUUUUCCCUCAGCCCCAUGAAGCCGCUGUCUACAGCCUCUCAAGGUUUUGCCCCUCCCCUGGCUGGGACUGUGGCUUACAGCGGUCCACAUGUCCAUACUGCUCCACCUCCUUCAUGUCCGGUGAUGUCUGCUCCGCCAGUGGGUCCACCCACUACCGGUUUCAGCCCUCAUGCAGCAUAUGACAUUACGCGCGGACACGCCGGCCGUACUCCACAGACUCCACUGAUGCCCAGCUUCUCCAGUGGGCCACCCAUGCCAGGUGUGGUCACAAACCCAAUGAUGCAACAGCCAGUGAUGUCUGGGGGUUUAGGGGUUGUCUCACCGAUUACUUUCCCAGAGGAUCAUGAUGAUCCUAUAGCUAUACAGAACAGCACCUCUGGAGGUGGAAUAUGGGGUUUCAUCAAGGGUGUGGCAGGUAAUCCUAUGGUGAAGACGGUCCUGGACAAAACCAAGCACUCUGUGGAGUCCAUGAUCACCACAUUAGACCCAGGAAUGGCUCCAUACAUUAAAUCAGGAGGUGAUCUGGACAUUGUGGUGACCUCUGAUAAGGAGGUGAAGGUAGGAGCAGUGCGGGAUGCCUUCCAGGAAGUGUUCGGCAUGGCCAUGGUGACUGGGGAAGCAAGCCAAUCAAACAUUGCGCCUCAGCCACUGGGAUACGCAGCAGGAGUCAAGGGGGCUCAGGAGCGCAUUGACAGUCUACGCCGUACCGCAGUAAUCCACGAGAAACAGCCUGUGGUCUCUGUGGAGAACUUUAUAGCAGAGCUCUUCCCAGACAAGUGGUUUGACAUUGGCUGUCUGAUUCUGGAUGAUCCUGGCAAUGGCAUCCGCAUCGAAACUUUCACACAGACAACCCCUGUAGCUCUGGAACAUGUACAACAGGCUCAGUCUCUCACCCCUCCAGAUUACAGUCUGCGCUGGUCUGGGCUGCUCGUGACCGUAGGCGAGGUGCUAGAGAGGAACUUUCCCAACAUUAGCCGCACAGACUGGCACCUGGCCUUCACCGGCAUGUCCCGCAGGCAGAUGAUCUAUAGCGCUGCCAAAGCUCUGGCUGGAACAUACAAAAUGCAGCUGCCCCCCAGGACGAUAUAAGAACUUCUAAACACCCACUGUACUCUCAGUAAACCGACACUGCCUGUCAGGAAAUGGCGUUUUUUUUUUUUUUUUUUUUUUUUUAAAUGCCCCAGUAUAAAAAAAAAUAAUUGAUGCAUUGGAUGUUUCAGAUUAUAAAAAAAUUUGUCAACGUUCACUAAGAAUUCUGAUUAGGAUUGGUCUAUCUUUAAUACGCAUGCAUAAAAGCAGGUUACUUGUGAUACAUUGGUGAAAAAAAGACUUGUAUAUGUGCUAGAAUUUUUUUUUAACUUGACGUGUGUCAAAUGCAGUCUAGGUUAUCACUGAGAUUAAUGUGGAAAUGGAGCAUGGUGGAAACCAUGCUGAGGUCAACAGUGUGGUAGAUGAUAGUAAAUUACAUUGACCCCCUGAUGUGACAUUAGAUUGCAAAUACCAGAUACUGGUACCAGUUUCUCAGAAUCAGAAUGAUCUUUAUUGCCAGGUAUGUUUUCACAUACGAGGAAUUUGUCUUAGUACAGAAGCUCCACAGUGUAACAGAAUAACAUUGACAAUAACACACACAUAAUAUAGACAGUUUGUAUGUGCAAAUUGAAAUCUAAAUAAGUAAGUAUGUGUUUUAAGUAAAUAAUGUAAGGAUUCUCGAUACCUGAGCAAGUAAAUGUUUGUUGCUUUUGAAAUAUUCAGGAACGAACAAAUUACUAAUCCAACAAGGACUGAGGGAAUUGAUCCUGAUCUGAUCAGCAGACUGUAGCUUUUGUUAGCGAUGAUCAGAUUAGAUUAUCCAUCUAUUCAUUCGUUACUAAUCGUAUCAAUUAUUUUCAUACAACAUUGCCUUAUACAAAUAAAACUUUUUAUCAAGCCAAUCAGCAUCAAAACAUCAUAACCUAUUUCCCAGCCAAAAAAAAAGUAAUCAAAAAGGGCUUGGAGUAUGGAAAACACCUGAUGAUUUUUUCUUUCUUUUUCUUUCUUUUUCCUAACAGUUGUUUUUAGUCAUGUGCCAUGAUAUUUUUUAUACUUUGCUUUGGUUCAUACAGAUUCAGACCUACAUGCAUAUAGUCACUGCAUUUUGCCAAUAGUUCCUAUAUUCUAUCCACAGUUUCCCCAUGAGUCGAGUACUAGCUACUCUUAUGAAAAACUGUCUCAAUGUUCUUUAGCAUUUGUAGAAGUUUGUACGGAGUCUUUCAUACAGUCCGUCCAACUUGAAUGAAUCGAUUGAACUCAGGAUUGUAUUUAACCCAUUUUAAGGCACAAAUUGUGUAAUAUAUAUAGAGAGAGAUAUUCUGCUACCAAAGGACUUUGCUUCAGCGCAAGUGCUUUUAAACAGAAAAGAAUUUCACAUUUCUUAUAGAACAUUUGCCUGAUUUGCUGCUUAAAGAUUUUUACAUUUCAUUUUUGUUUUUGUAAUUUCAUUUGUAAAAGACUAAAUAAGAACACUUUAUUCUAGCCUGAUGGCUGUUAAUAUAACUUUUGUGUGCUUUAAAUACUCAACUUUUAAAGUAGUCCAUAUAAUGCAUCUAAAAGUUUAAACUAAAAGGAUGAUCACUUUGCUGUGGAAUAAUAGAAUAUUCGACAUCGAUGACAUUCAUGUUUUUUCAGGUGGGGGGAAAAAAAACGGGGUUCAUUUCUAGUGUCUAUUAGCUGAAGUAAAAGAACCAAAUUUGUUUUUAAAUCAUUUUAAACAUGAAGUUUGUACAGAAUUGUGAAGAGUGUCCUUGUUCAUUAUUCAGUUUACUGUUACAGUUUGAAGAUUUGAAACCACUCAGAGUGAUACAGAAGCCUGGGGAAAUCUAAAAGUCUCUGUGUAUGACCUCUGACAAUUUUCAUUCUUUUUUAAUUAGUAUUUUUAUUAAAGAUGUGUAGUUGUGUACUAAUCUCGAUCGAUCCCCAGAUGACUAAGAUAUUGAGUAUACGAUGUUUAAUGUGAGAACAUGAAGAGAUCUAAGCAUGUAAUGAAAUGGAAGAACAGAUACUGCCUUCAACAAAAAAUGUCAUGUUUUGUUUUAUUGUUAAGACAGCAACACCUAUGGAUGCAUAUCUUUGGACCUCCGUUAAUUGUAUUUCCUAAACAUUUCUUUUGUCUGCAGAGGAGUAAAGACUUUUCAGAAAACA